AUGAAAGAUUGGCACACAGAUGACCACACCAGUGCAUGCUUCGAAAAUGAACAGAGCGGCAAGAAGUACCUAAACAGGAGCGAUCAGGGGAAAGGAGGAGAGCACCACGUGUGUCGAGGGGAGGAGGCAAACCGGAGUGAUCUCCCCGGACGAGGCGAAUCACCCAAGAUGGGCAGUGGAAAGAGUGUUAUCGGCAUUGGAAGUGGCAUCGCCAUUGGCAGUGGGAAGUGCCCGCCGAACCGAAAGAGCUUACCUGAGAUGAGCAGAAGUGACAGGAAUAAUUAUCUGGGGAGUGAAGAAAAAGAAGGAAUGGUCGAAAACGAAAUUCAUAGGUCGUCAAGUAGAUCUUAUAAGAUAGGUAACCUAGUGGGGAAUGGAAGCUUCGGAGUGGUGUAUGAAGCGAUCUGUCUGGAGACAUCGGAGAAGGUAGCAAUAAAGAAGGUGCUCCAAGAUCCUCAGUACAAAAACAGAGAGUUAAUAAUAAUGAAGAACCUAAAUCAUGUGAACAUCAUCUUUCUGAAGGACUACUACUACACCGAGUGUGUAAAAAAAAAUGAAAAAAAUGUUUUCCUCAAUGUCGUCAUGGAGUUUAUUCCACAGACAGUACACAAAUAUAUGAAGCACUAUGCUAGGAACAACCAUUCGUUACCUCUCCUUUUGGUGAAGCUGUAUUCGUACCAACUCUGCAGAGCACUAGCUUAUCUGCACUCUAAGCUUAUUUGCCAUCGAGAUUUGAAGCCACAGAAUCUAUUAAUAGAACCCAACACACACACACUUAAACUGUGUGACUUUGGCAGUGCCAAGAACUUGCUAUCGGGCCAGCGAAGCGUCUCCUAUAUUUGCUCCAGGUUUUAUCGUGCCCCGGAGCUGAUGCUGGGCGCCACCAACUACACCACGCACAUUGAUUUGUGGUCCCUCGGCUGCAUAAUUGCCGAAAUGAUUCUAGGUUACCCUCUCUUCUCCGGCCAGUCCAGCGUCGAUCAGUUAGUUAGAAUCAUCCAAGUCUUAGGCACACCCACGGAGGAGCAAAUGAAAGUCAUGAACCCGAACUAUGCAGAUGUGAAGUUCCCAGAUGUGAAGCCAAAAGAUUUCAAAAAGGUCUUUCCGAAGGGAACCCCCGAAGACGCCAUCAACUUCGUAUCCAGCUUCCUCAAAUAUGAGCCCCUGAAACGGCUUAGCCCAAUCGAGGCCCUGGCGGAUCCUUUCUUCGAUGACCUGAGGGACCCCUGCAUUAAGUUACCUAAGUACAUCGAGAAGCUGCCGGAGUUGUUUAACUUCACCGAAGCGGAAAUCAAAGAAAUGUCCGACGCCUGCAGGCGGAAGCUGACAUCCAAACAUAGCUACGAGGCAUACGAACAGUACGUAAUGAGUAAGACGAGUGACGGCUCCAGCAGGACUGACAAUUUGAGCAAAGAGUCUAGUGAAUCCAACAUGGAGGCUAAGACCAAUGGCGCGGUGAACCUCGCCUGA